AUGUUCAUUCACAGAUGUCGAUUCGUUGAUUACGUACCCGCAACCAUCAAUUCCCUGGCUUUUACUUCGCCUUCUUUACCAAAGUUGCUUCUUGCUUGUGGCCGAGCUAAUGGCGAUAUUGAAAUAUGGGAGCCAAAAGAACGUUGGAAUUUACAAAAAACGAUUCCAGGUAUGGUUAAUACCACUGUAGAAACUCUUGUUUGGAUAAAUCGUAAAUCAUCCUCUUCUAAUCAAUCACCUAGACUUUUUUCCGGAAGUUUAAAUGGAUUAAUAAUAGAAUGGGAUUUAAUAAAGUUGAAAAUGAAGAAAUCAGCAGAUUCAUUAGGAGGUGCUGUAUGGUGUAUGAAACCAAAUUAUGCAAAUACAAUGUUGGCGAUAGGAUGUGAAGAUGGCAGCAUAAGGAUUUUUGGUAUAUCUGAUGAUGAUGAGGAAGAAGACUUAAGAUUGAUUAAGGUUUUUACCAGAAUAAAUGCUAAAGUUAUUUCACUAGAUUGGGGUUAUGAUGAUAAAUAUCUUGUAAGCGGAUCAUCAGAUGGUAUAAUAUCUAAAUGGGAUGUUGAUAAAGGUAGAUGUGAUCAAAGGAUGACUGCAGAAACUUCAAAAGGAUCCGAGACAAUUAUUUGGGCAGUCAAAAUACUCAAAGAUGAGAUAAUCGUUAGUGGUGAUUCACUUGGAAAUGUGCAAUUUUGGGAUGGAAAGAUGGGUACAAUGUUACAAACAUUUAAAAUUCACGAAGCUGAUGUACUCUGUCUUGAAACAAAUCGUUCAGGGACAGAGGUUUUUUCAAGCGGCGUAGAUCGUAAAUGUUGUUUAUUUCGUUAUGUUGAUCUAUCAUUGGAGUCAACUUCUGAUGAUGCAGAUCUUGAUUCGAUUAUGAGUUUGGAUGAUUCAACAAAUAUUAAUCACAUUAAGAAUCUAACUGAACAAUGGGUUUCUGUUGGAUAUCGUCGUCAACAUUCUCAUAAUGUUGGAGCACUUGCUUAUUUUGAAGAUCAAGAUUUUCAAGUCUUGGUAUCUGGGAGUGUAGAUACGACAUUAUCAGUAUCUCCAAGAGCCGAUUUUCCUCAUAAUAAAUUUCGCCAUUUACCAUUCACUCCCCAAAAACCUUUAAUAUGUUUAUCAAAGUCAAAACAGUUGUUGAUGUUUCGUUCUGACAAUAGUAUAAAGUUAUGGAAAUUGGGAAAAGCAAUUAGUCAGGAAAAUUCUUCUUAUGAAAAAAUACCAAAGUUAUAUAUACAAGAACCUCAACAAGCCGUUUUAGAAAUGACUCUUAAAUGUGAUAGUAAUCUUUGUGCAAGUGCAAUUUCUCAAGAUGGCGAAUGGAUUGCAGUUUCUGAUAUAACACGUGUGAAGUUAUUUAGAGUUGUUGAUGAUAAAAUGAAUGAUUCAGGAGGACUGGUUGUUCGUAAAAUAAAUUUUCCAAAAAUUGAUCAAGAAUAUAUUGGAGCUCAUCACCUUUUAUUUACUCCUGAUAAUAGAAAAUUGAUAGUGGUAUUGAAUGACUGCCGGAUAAUUAUUUUUGGAUUAGAUAUUUCAAGACGUAAUAACAAAAUAGAAAUCUUAACACAAUUUAAGCAAAUCCAAAACGAGCAAGAAAAAGGUUCGAUAACUUCAAUUGCUAUUAGUAAUGAUAGUUUAUGGUUGGCAUGUGGCGAUGAGUUGAAUAGAAUACGAAUUUUUAAUUUGGAAAAACUAAAAUAUCAUUCAACACUUCCAAUAUUUUCAUCAAAACAUACAUCUUUAACUUUUGAUCCAUUUGAAUCAAUCCUGGUUAUCACAUUAACAAACAACAUAUUUUAUCUUUGGAAUAUAAUUGACCACGAAUUAACAAAUUGGUCACGACAAUACUCGAACUGUUUACCUGACAAGUUUCUUUGCCUUCAGGAUAAGAUAAUCGGUUGCACUUUCAAUCCUACUAAUAAUAAAAUCAUGAUUUUAUGGACAAGCAGAUAUUUUUGUUUUAUUGAUUUCAGUAAAAAGGUCAAAUCUAAGUUGAAUUUGUUUUAUUGUCACGCCAACAUACAAUUAGUGACUAGAUACAAACAAAUCAUGUAUCUUGAUUUUAUUUCACCUGAUUCUUUAGUAAUUGUGGAAAAAACACUGGUUGAUAUUCUAGAACAAUUACCGCCUGCUUUCUAUGUUUCAAAAUAUGGCACAUAA